CCCACUUUAAGGAAUUUUCAAGGAGGAGAACCAUCCUAGUGUGCCAUACUAGUGGUGCACCAUUGACUGUUUAAGGAAGUAGUUCUGGUUUAAUCUGGCUAUAAGACUAAACCUCCUGUGUAAGAUACUUAGACCUAUUCAUAGCCACUCGAUCUGUAUCACUGCUCGUGCUGUAACAACAUUCAAAGCAACACAGUUCAGGAAGAAUAGCCAGACUCGCUAAGCUCAGGUUUUACUAGGCUAAGUUGUCUGGUCUUGGGUAGUCAAACCGUUCUGACAACAAGAGCUGAUAAGAUGUGGAAAGAGUUGAAGAAAAACCAGCUCGUCAAGUACGGCGCUGUGACCACAGUGACAACCAUCAUGCCGUUUGUCUCCAAACCAGGCUAUGUUUUACUGCGAAAGUGGAUCGCUGGUGGGAUAUGCCGCAGCCGUGCCAAACUACAUGGAAGGACUGUGGUGAUCACUGGUGCCAACACUGGCAUCGGCAAGGAGACGGCCUGGGAUAUGGCCAUGAGAGGAGCUCGGGUGAUCAUGGCUUGCCGAGAUCUCACCAGGGGAGAAGCAGCUGCAGCAGAGAUCCGCAGUUCCACAGGAAAUACUAACGUGGUGGUGCAACAGCUAGACCUGGCCUCUCUCGGUUCAGUACGUCAGUUUGCUCGGGAAUUCAUUGCCACAGAGACCCGGCUGGACAUACUUAUCAACAACGCAGGUAUAAUGCUGUGUCCCAAAAGCCUCACAGUGGAAGGUUUUGAGAGUCAAUUUGGCGUCAAUCACCUCGGUCACUUCCUAUUGACCAAUCUGCUCCUGGACAUGCUGAAAGCCUCCACCCCCAGCCGCGUCAUCAAUGUGUCUAGCAUCGCUCAUCAAGGAGGGAAAAUCCACUUUGAAGACCUUAAUUUUGAUAAGAAGGGGUACAACUCAGUAAUCGCCUAUAAGCAGAGUAAACUGGCCAACCUCCUCUUCUCUAGGGAGCUGGCACGAAGGACCAAAGGUACUGGAGUGACGUCGUAUUCCCUGCACCCCGGGGUUAUCCGGACAGAGCUGUGGCGCCACUCGCAGUCAAAGUACCCCACGUUGAGUGCCAUGCUGUCAGCCCCCGCCUGGCUCCUGAUGAAGACCCCCAGGGAGGGUGCCCAGACCACCAUCUACUGCGCCGUCAAUGAGGGGCUGGAGGAGAAGAGCGGCUGCUACUUCAGUGACUGUCAGGUAAAGGAGCCAGCUCCUGAGGGGAGAGAUGAUCUUGCAGCACUGAGGCUAUGGGGCGUUAGCGCCGGGCUAGUAGGACUCAUUAAGAACAACUGAACAACUCGCCUUGCAACAAGGUGACACUCCCAACCCCAACUGCCACCCCCCGGAUACUGCCAUAUUUUUUUCCAUGUUGGCUCUUAACUUUCAUAUCAGAAGGGUAAUUGUGAGAUAUCCUGUAUUCUAUAUAUAUAUAUUGUGGGAAAAUACACAUUUUCUAUAUUAUACAUUCUGGGAAAAUACACAUUUUCUAUACUAUAAACUCAGCAAAAAAAGAAACGUCCUCUCACUGUCAACUGCGUUUAUUUUCAGCAAACUUAACAUGUGUAAAUAUUUGUAUGAACAUAACAAGAUUCAACAACUGAGAAAUAAACUGAACAAGUUCCACAGACAUGUGACUAACAGA